CUUAUGUAAAACAAUCGUGCAAGAAAUCCGUUUGACAUUGUAUAAUAAUUAAUAAUGGCCCAGUUGAUCAAUUUUAAGUCCUAUAAAAACAAGCAGCAUUCAAGGUUUUGGAACUUUGUGUGGUUCAGCCAACAUGUGGAAGUUGGUUCUUCUCGGCUCACUCCUCAUCUGCAUCGGCCAGACACUGGCCGAAGUUACCGAAAAAUCCCAAUAUACGACCAAGUACGACAAUGUGGACAUAAACGAAGUGGUACACAACGAGCGUCUGCUGAAGAACUACGUCAACUGUCUACUGGACCGAGGCCCUUGUAGUCCAGAUGGCCUGGAGCUGAAAAAAAACAUGCCGGACGCAAUUGAAACCGACUGCAGCAAAUGCAGCGACAAACAGCGAGAAGGUUCGGAAGCGAUGAUGAGGUUCCUGAUUGACAACAAGCCGGAGUAUUGGAACCCGUUGCAGGAAAAGUACGACCCGACUGGCAGCUACAAGAAGCGUUAUUUGGAUGCCAAGAAGGCCGAAGUUGCAAUCCAGCCUGCGGAAAAAACUCCUUAAGCUGCGUAAUCUGGAUAGCACAGUUAGCGAAGAAUAUAAUAAAUCUUAAAAUCAGG